AUGGACGCGUCGCAUCGCAUACCCUCGCCUCCGAACGGCGAUAACGGUGUCGAGGAGACUCGACCCACCAAGCGACCGAGGUUGAAUCCGUCGAUUGAAGUGGGUUUCAUGCGAGAUGGCUCUGGUCGAGACUCUGCCAGUUUCGUCGGCAGUGCUAGUGGCAUACACUUCAUCCGUUCCGUCUAUGGUGCCCUGAACGCGCGGUCAAGCUCAAGAAAACUUCCAGGGGAGACACCUGAGAGCAACAUCGUGCCUGGAGAGGACGACAGACUCAACAACGGCCCUGAGAGUGGGCCAUCUAAACCGUUAUGGCAAUCCCACGAAGUCGAGUGGCAUGUGGACGAAACAACUUCGGGCACCUUUGAUGAUCUUAUUGACUGGACCAGCAGUUACUUCGACGUCUGGCAUCCGCCAUUCCCCUUUCUUCAUGCCCCAAGCAUUUUGGAGAAAUUCGAGGCCGUGGCACACCGUGGCCUCACAGCGGUGAACCCAUUCGAUGUUACAAUCAUCAAAGCCGUGGUCUCUAUUGCCCUCGCUGACCGGCGCCAGACGAACACUGUUAGCAGACCUGUCCCCAAGGCCUUGGUCUUUACCUCGUUCGAUGAGGCACUCAACAGCGUCCAUGCUGUGAUCUCGAAACCAGCCACCAUGCAGGGGCUUCAGGCCGCUGUAUGUGUGCAACUGUUUCUAGUCUCAAUGCUGCGCCUCAAUGCCGCUUCGAGACUUGGCGGCCUGAUCAUCAGGGUGUUGUUCCAACUGGGUUUGCAUCGCUGUCCUGCGCGGUUCGCGUCCUUCAAGCCGGAAGAGCAGCAGCUUCGGAGACGCCUCUUCUGGUCGAUAUACUGCAUUGAUCGUCACAUCUGCCAGGCAUUAGGUCUCCCACUGACGAUCCGUGAUGAUGACGUGGACGUAUGUUACCCGGACGAUGAGACCCAUUCCCUCCAGCGAAGCAACGGCUCAACAUCGAGGCCUGACAGCCCUUUGCCCGAUGCUUCGUUGCAGCAGGAUGGCCGCCUCAGGCUUCUGACACUGAUAGCAAAGCACGCAGAAAUCAGAGGCCUCAUAAUGGAACUUCGGAACAAAAGAGUGGAAUACCGAGCAGAAGGCUGGGACAAAGCAGUCUUGAUCAAUGCAAAACUGACGCAAUGGUGGAACCAAGUCGAGGAUUCUAUCGAGCAGGCCGAGUUACACGAGACACCAUUGUCGGAUCUCCAUCAGACAGUCUUGAAAGUGCUCAAACACGAAUCCGUCAUUUCGCUCAAUCGUCCUCUACUGGCUGCGUCGAAGACCAGUGCAAAUUAUGCGGCCGCCUUGCAGUCUGGCAUCUCCUCUUCAAAGUCUAUUAUCAAAGCGCUGAACAUGGUUGCUCAUUCGGUGAUGCCGGCUUACGACCAACCCGAGCGUACUCGAAACGCACAUUUUCCUAUGUUUUGGCCCUCCUUUACAUGGUCGAUUUGGAUGAGCGCGUUCAUCAUAUUGUAUGCUGCACUGGAAUCCGAGAUUGAUUACAAUAUUGCAGUCCGGUAA